UCAAUUGCAUUUUUCUUUGUUUUUUCCAGAAAUGAAAAUCUUCUCCUGAAAUUCAUCACCAACAACCAGGACAGACAAAGAGCAAUGUUAAACUGCUGAAAGAGGUGAAGCAAAAGCUGUCCAGAAGAAUCUCCAGAACACACAGAAACAGUUUGAUACAUUUAACAGACAAAUGAAGCCAAGUCCCAACAUGGAGAAACAUCAGCACUCUGCCAAGAGUUUUACUAAACAGAGUACUCUCAAAAACCACCAGCGCAUUCACACAGGAGAUAAACCGUAUCACUGCUCAGACUGUGGAAAGAGUUUUACUAAACAGAGUACUCUCAAAGUACACCAGCGCAUUCACACAGGAGAGAAACCGUAUCACUGCUCAGACUGUGGGAGGAGUUUUACUAAACAGAAUACUCUUAAAAAACACCAGCGCAUUCACACAGGAGAGAAACCGUAUCACUGCUCAGACUGUUGGAAGAGUUUUUCUGAACAGGGUAAUCUCAAAAAACACCAGCGCAUUCACACAGGAGAGAAACCGUAUUACUGCUCAGAGUGUGGGAGAAGUUUUACUCAACAGAGUAAUCUCAAAAUACAUCAGCGCAUUCACACAGGAGAGAAACCGUAUCACUGCUCAGACUGUGGGAAAAGUUUUAAUAAAAAGAGUAUUCUUCAAAAUCACCAGCUCAUUCACACAGGAGAGAAACCGUAUUACUGCUCAGACUGUUGGAGGAGUUUUUCUGAUCAGGGUAAUCUCAAUAAACACCUGCGCAUUCACACAGGAAAGAAACCGUAUUACUGCUCAGAGUGUGGGAGAAGUUUUACUCAACAGAGUAAUCUCAAAAUACAUCAGCGCAUUCACACAGGAGAUAAACCGUAUUACUGCUCAGACUGUUGGAAGAGUUUUUCUGAACAGGGUAAUCUCAAAAAACACCAGCGCAUUCACACAGGAAAGAAACCGUAUUACUGCUCAGAGUGUGGGAGAAGUUUUACUCAACAGAGUAAUCUCAAAAUACAUCAGCGCAUUCACACAGGAGAGAAACCGUAUCACUGCUCAGACUGUGGGAAAAGUUUUAAUAAAAAGAGUAUUCUUCAAAAUCACCAGCGCAUUCACACAGGAGAGAAACCGUAUUACUGCUCAGACUGUUGGAGGAGUUUUUCUGAUCAGGGUAAUCUCAAUAAACACCUGCGCAUUCACACAGGAGAGAAACCGUAUUACUGCUCAGAGUGUGGGAGAAGUUUUACUCAACAGAGUAAUCUCAAAAUACAUCAGCGCAUUCACACAGGAGAUAAACCGUAUUACUGCUCAGACUGUGGAAAGAGUUUUACUAGACAGAGUACUCUCAAAGUACACCAGCGCAUUCACACAGGAGAGAAACCGUAUCACUGCUCAGACUGUGGGAGGAGUUUUACUAAACAGAAUACUCUUAAAAAACACCAGCGCAUUCACACAGGAGAGAAACCGUAUUACUGCUCAGACUGUUGGAAGAGUUUUUCUGAACAGGGUAAUCUAAAAAAACACCAGCGCAUUCACACAGGAGAGAAACCGUAUUACUGCUCAGAGUGUGGGAGAAGUUUUACUCAACAGAGUAAUCUCAAAAAACACCAGCGCAUUCACACAGGAUAGAAAACUAUCCCAAAUCUGUUUCAAUUAAAAGUGCGAAUCGUAAACCUUUCAGACAGAACACCUUAUCCUACACAAAUGUUUAACUUUAUCACUUGGGACACGUUCCACCAGAAAACUGAAUUUAACAAUGGAUUUUACAGGUUCUGCAAAAUGAAUCUUAUCCAGAGAUGAUGUUUAUUAAAUUCCAUGUUGUUUUAUCGUAUGUUAGAUGUUCCAGGACAUUCUUUGUGAGACAGAGCUCAGUGCUUAGGGUAGUUACUGUAGGAGUUCAGUUCUGAAGAAGGGAAAAAACUUACUCUGUAAAAUUUAGAUGUCAUAGUUGUUAGGAGUAGAGGAGGAUUAUUAGCUUGCAACUAAAUGUUUAGGACCAAAUCUUCAGAGCUUAUGAUUCGAAUGCUUUUAAUGUAUUUUCUAGUAUAUGCAGAUUUGAUUAUUUCUAUUAAUUUCUAGUAUCUCUGUUUUCACUCUGUGGAAGCCGUCCUCAGUUCCCCAAGCUAAGCAUAGCUUAUCUUAAUGCUAUUUACUGCUAGACCCAUCUGUAUGAAAGAAGAAGUGAAAACACCACCUGAGGAACUCAACAAAAGUGAGACCCAGAUCCACAAAGAGACGACACUGUGCCAGGUACUGCUGUGUGGACCGGAGGAGCAUCCAGACCCCGCAGAGAGGCCAACAAAAUCCUUUACAGAGGUUUAAUAAAACGCUCAAGCUGUAGUUCCCAUACUGAAAUCAACCUCCUCCAGGCUUGUGUAGCGCAAUGAGGUUGCAGGCUCAUUCACUCCCUCUGAUGGUGUAAUCGUUGGUCUAUGGUUCAGUCGUUCUGAUUAAAAAUCUGUUACCAUA